CUCUCUGGGUGCCCUGGGGAGUGCUGUCUCUCUCUCUCUCUUGGUGCCCCGGGGGUGCUGUCUCUGUCUCUCUCUCUCUCUCUGGGUGCCCUGGGGAGUGCUGUCUCUCUCUGGGUGCCCUGGGGGUGCUGUCUCUCUCUCUCUCUCUAGGUGCCCUGGGCGUGCUCUCUCUCUUUCUCUCUCUCUCUGGGUGCCCUGGGGAGUGCUGUCUCUCUCUCUCUCUUGGUGCCCCGGGGGUGCUGUCUCUGUCUCUCUCUCUCUCUCUGGGUGCCCUGGGGAGUGCUGUCUCUCUCUGGGUGCCCCGGGGGUGCUGUCUCUCUCUCUCUCUCUCUGGGUGCCCUGGGGGGUGCUGUCUCUUUCUCUCGGGUGCUGUCUCUUUCUCUCGGGUGCUGUCUCUCUCUCUCUGGGUGCCCCGGGGGUCUCUCUCUCUCUCUCUCUCUCUGGGUGCCCUGGGGGGUGCUGUCUCUCUCUCUCUCUCUCUCUGGGUGCCCUGGGGGUCUGUCUCUCUCUCUCUCUCCGGGUGCCCCGGGGGGUGCUGUCUCUCUCUCUGGGUGCCCUGGGGGUGCUGUCUCUCUCUCUCGGGGUGCUGUCUCUCUGUCUCUGGGUGCCCUGGGGGGUGCUGUCUCUCUCUCUCUCGGGGUGCUGUCUCUCUCCCUCUCUCUCUCUCUCUCUGGGUGCCCUGGGGGGUGCUGUCUCUCUCUCUCUCUCUCUGGGUGCCCUGGGGGUGCUGUCUCUUUCUCACGGGGUGCUGUCUCUCUCUCUCUCUCUCUGGGUGCCCUGGGGGUGCUGUCUCUUUCUCUCGGGGUGCUGUCUCUUUCUCUCGGGGUGCUGUCUCUCUCUCUCUCUCUGGGUGCCCUGGGGGUGCUGUCUCUCUCUCUCGGGGUGCUGUCUCUCUCUCUGGGUGCCCUGGGGGUGCUGUCUCUCUCUCUCUCGGGGUGCUGUCUCUCUGUCUCUGGGUGCCCUGGGGGGUGCUGUCUCUCUCUCUCUCGGGGUGCUGUCUCUCUCCCUGUCUGGGUGCCCGGGGGUGGUGCUGUCUCUCUCUCUGGGUGCCCCGGGGGGUGCUGUCUCUCUCUCUCUCUCUCUCUCUGGGUGCCCUGGGUGCUGUCUCUGGCUGCCCCGGGGUGGGGGGGAAGGGCUGUCUCUCUCUGAGUGCCCCCGGGGGGGUGGGGGCUGUCCCUGGGUGCCCCACCUCCCGGUCCGGCUCCAGCUCCGGGAUCUUCCGGGAUCGGGAUUCGGCGGCGGUUCCGGGUGUUCAUCCGCCGGAGCCAAGGGGAAAGAGUGUGAUCGGAUCUAUUCCAGUUGCCCGGGAAUGCCGAGGAGGCAGAACGUGCAAACACUGAAACAGUUAUGUCUGUGUAACGUGGCAGCGAACAUGAAGGAAGUGUGGGCCAAGGAUUACACAGAUAACUAUCUGACCCAGUAUGAUUUCCUCUACAUCAUUGGGCCAUUCAAUGACCUUGCGUCGAGUCUGGUUGAGGACCUGCUGCGAUUACUGGGUGAGACACACCGCCUGAGCCGAGCCUACCUGCACCUUCUCUUGGUGCCGCACCUGGUGGAGCUGAGUCUGAGGAGCUGCUCUGGGUUGGUCAGUAACGCCAUUGGCCAAAUCAUUCAUGCUCGCUGCCAGGGUCUAACUUCUCUCGACUUACAUGGAUGCAACAGGAUCCAGUCAUCUCUCCUGGUGGAUCUGAUCGAGUGUCUGCCACGCCUCCGUAAGCUGAUUCUGUCAGGUACCCAGUGUAACCUCCAGGUGCUGUCAGCUAUUGGAUGUACGUGCAAGGAGCUGAGAGAGCUGGAUGUCUCGAUGUGUAAAGCAGUGACCUCCUUGGCGUUGCUGCAUUUGGUGUAUGAUCAGAGCCGGGCAGCGUUUAACCCCCUGCAGCUGGGCAAGCUCUUGACUGAGGGCAUUCAGCUCUGUCCGGACUCCACUGAGCAGCAGGUGACUAUUGUGGCCUUUCUCCUGCUAGCUCUCCCCAGGUUAGAGUACAUCUCUCCCACCUUCCUCGCGGAAGCACUAACUCUGAUCCACAAGCGUCUGUUUGGGAAAGGCCAGCAGUUUCUGCACAGCCAAGGCUUCCCCUGUCUGGAGAAGGCCUUAGGCCUCAGAGUAACACCAGGAGAUGGCCCCUCACAGAUAGCGCUCAGUCUCAGACAGUUGGAAGUAGGUCCAGGGCAAGACCUCUCCAUCGUGACAUCCAUCUGCAGAGAGGUUGUCGAAGCCAGAGUUUCCCUGGACGAUGAGAUAAGGGACCUGCAGUGCUUUAAUUCCUGGAAACAGCUAACCCACCUCACUGUGGACUGCACUGGCGAUGCCAAGAGGACUUUGAGUGAGAUGAUCCCGAUUUUCUCCUGCCUGGGCUGUCGUCUCCACUUUCUUUCCCUUCAGAACUUCCACUACCAUCUAGAAACUUCUGUCAGCCGUAUCCUGGAACUCUGUCCCAGUCUCCAUGUCUUCCAGGCUCUACUGCAUCCUCCUCCACAGAACUGUAGCUCCGCUCUGGUAAACGAGGACAGUGAUGGUGAAGACGAUGACCAGCAGCCGGAUGAGAGCUUUUUGCUUCCCGUAAACUGGCAUUUUCCCCACUUAAAGGAUUUCAGUUUGCGGCUUUUCGAUUCCACCCUGAUGCCUCGCAGUUUUCAGCUCUCCCUGGGAACAGCCAUGAUCUCCACUCUGCAGGGGUCACCGAGGCUGGAGAAGCUAUCCCUCAUCAACAUCCACCUGAAUCUGGACAGGCUUUUCCAGAAGGUCCUGGAGCAGCCUGCCUCUCUGGUGCAGUUAACAGAGCUGUGUCUGUCCCAAAGCCGUGUGUCACCUGUCACUGUCCAGCUCCUGAUGACAACAGACAACCAGCUGACCUCCCUCGAUAUAAGACACUGUCACAAUAUCCAUCGCCGUCACUAUGACCGGUUUGUGACAGAUGCAAAACGCAGUAAGUUUGAUUUGCAAAUCGUCUGGGAGUGAUGUGUAAGGGGACUGGUUAAAUCGACAAAUGCUAAGCACUGCUGUCAUGUGACAGUCCUCAGAGUGUGGAUUUGAAUGAGCAUAUGAUAGAGCAUAUGAAUAGUAUGAAGAGCUUUUUACAGAGACACAGGCAGCCUUAGAGGCAUUCACACCCACUCUCACACCCGCACCGUCACACCCGCACCGUCACA